AGGAUAGAAUUGCAGUGAAAAUAAAUGAUUCCCUUUGAAAUCCCUCAAUGGCCCCUGAACCAAUGCUAUAAAACACUGCAACGGCUUUAUUUUGAAAUCCGGAAGUAGCAGUGAGCGGCUGCAGCUUACUCCGCGUCUGUCUGCUGCCGCUGAUUAAACGCUUUUGUGCACAGACUUUGUCCUGCAUCACUUCCUCCCUCCCAGCACUGUGCAGUAGGCGGGGAGGUGUGAGGAGCGCGCGGCUCUUCACUCCUUCAUGCUGCUCAGGAGCCAUGGCGGAGCACCGUGAGCAGCAAGCAGCGGCUCCUGCCCUGCAGCACACAACACACUGCUGACACUCUCUAAAGUUUGACAACACAUCUGCUGCUGGAGCUUGUCACACAUGACCGCUUUAACUUUUCUCUCAGUGGCAUGUACCUGACCUCCGUGGGAUCAUAGCGACGCAGAAAGUGCUUUUUCUUCUUACAGGACGUCCGUGCAGAGCGACUCUUUCAUAUUUUCAAUCCGUGUCAGAGGAGGUGAUCAUGGGGGCGAAGCAGAGCAGCCCGUCGGCUAAUCCAGCUGCUAACGGACGGACCAGAGCGUACUCAGGCUCGGAUCUGCCCUCCAGCACCUCCAGCAGUAACGGGAGUAACGGGAGCAGGACAGCCGCCGGAGGGGUGAGGUACCACGCUUACAGUGCGUCCGGAGCCUCCGGAGCCACGUCCAGCACCAGCCAGCACAUCGGAGCCAGGGCCAGGUCUGCGGGGGGCUCAGGAGGCUCAGGGAUCAGACCACAGUCCGGCAUCAACAUACCGAACAGCAGCGGAGCCUACAGCUCCCAGGAGUCCGGAGGCAGCAGUCCGGAGGAGGCGGCGGACAGAGAUAGGAGGCUGCUGAUAGGUUCAUUACCAGCACACCUCUCACCUCAUCUGUUUGGAGGCUUCAAGUGCCCUGUGUGCUCCAAGUUUGUGUCCUCAGAUGAGAUGGAUCUGCACCUGGUCUUGUGUUUAACCAAACCCAGAGUGACAUAUAAUGAGGACGUCCUCACCAAGGAUGCAGGAGAAUGUGCAAUCUGCCUGGAGGAGCUGGUACAGGGGGACACCAUCGCUCGCCUGCCCUGCCUCUGCAUCUAUCAUAAAGGCUGCAUCGACGAGUGGUUUGAAGUAAACAGAUCAUGUCCAGAGCAUCCAUCUGAUUAAAGCUUUUUUUGCACAGACAGGUACCCCUCGAUGAGAGCGAUCUCCUUCAUUAGCAACCAAAUGAAGUGCGGAUCCAGGGAAGACUGCUGGACGCCGUGACCACUGUGAUCAGUUUAACCCCCCCCCCACCCAAUAAUGUAGUACCACGGUGUGCCAAAUCUCAUUUAAGCAAUCUUCAGGGAUACAGACUUUUCUGUUUAUGUUUGAGUUGCACAUCCACGCUCAGUCUCAGUCCGGACGGACCGAUCCACAGGCAGACACUCGCCUCACACCCCCACCCCCACCCCCACCCAACGGCCCUGACAGUCAAAGACACGCAGGGGGGCGCUAUGACAGCAGAGGACAGCUGAUUGUAUGCCAGGACACAAGAGGAGGUGGACGUGGUCCUGGAGGUGGGGGGGGCAGGGGUAGAAGGGGGAUUGUCGGAUUAUCCCUCCCCCCCUCCUCUUACCCGGUGCCUCCCCUCCUCCCUCAGCAUUAGUGUCUAGCUAGUGCCUUGUUGUCAUGCCCAGCCGCAGCAGGGUGAUGGAGAAGGGGGGUGGGGGUGGGGGGGGAUGUUGGGGGCUGGAGCAGAGCCAGCUGGAUGACUGGAUGGACCUGCAGGAACAUCUCACCUCAACUGCCAUUCUACCAGUCCAGGAGAAACAAGCCAGAGACCACAUGUUGCUCUCACAGGUUCAGAAAAAAAACCGCAGCAGCUCUGACAUUUACACACACUGAAGCUGAUGCAACAAUGGUGCCAAUCAACUGUGAAUACUGUCAAACACACACACACUCACACACACACACAUGCAUUCGUUUAACAGUUCUUUCCAGUCAAUCACACCAUGUAGUAGAGGUCUUCAUGAGAACAAAAACCUGCACCCGGUCCCGAAGCCGUCUAGCUGAACCCGAGAUGAGAAGAAAUAAGCAGAGAUUGAACCACGUCUGUAUCUGAAUGUAGUUCGUAUCUGACCUUGAAAAAUAUCAGUCCGUCAGCUUUCAAAUACAUCUCGGCUCUUUUUUCGCUCCGAUUACUCUCUAUCAGCUGAUGGAGAUCGUGUGAUGUGAUUGAAAGCACCAGUAAGUCGGAGUUCACAUCUUCUUUUUUUUGUCAAAUUUGCUGGGUUUUUUUCAGCUGUUCAGAAAAAGAAGCUUUGAUUGUUUUUUAUCAUGUUCAUCAAAGUCAGAUGUAAUUGGUAUAGGUUGAGUAUUCAUUCAAGCUUAUGAUGGUGUACUAUGACAGUAUUAGUAGCUGAAGGCAAACUGGUUCACACUCAGAGUAAAAACAGAGUUUUGAAGUUUGGCAUUUAGUGUAUCUUCAUCCUUUGGUAAGUCAGAGCAGUAACAAGCACAUACUGUGAAUUCAGCUGAUGUUUUAAUCAGUGUGCAGACUCAGUUCAACUAUGUUAAGAUUGGCUUUACUUUGCUCAUAGUUUGGAGUCCCACCAACCAUAAUGCCCAAAAAAAAUGAAAUGAAAA